AUGCCAAACGAAAAUACACAGAACACGAUGGGAAACGUUGGAUCUAAUGAAGAAUCAAGAAGGGUUCCUGUGAAACCGCCCCCACCGAUUGAAUUGAGCAGCAACAACAAGGCCGCAUGGGAGGCGUGGGAAAAUGCUUUCCAAUGGUACUCCAUCGCAAUAGAAUUGGAAAAACUUGCCCCCAAGAUCCAAGUUGCUGUCUUUAUGAGCGCUUUAGGAAGUGCCGUAAAGGAUAUAUUCGACAAUUUUGGAUUGUCGGAUGAGGAAAAAUCUAACCUCAAUUUGGUUAGACAGAAGUUCCGAGAGUACUUUGCACCCAGCGAAAAUGAAGUGUAUGAGUCCUAUAAGUUCUAUACGAUCACUCAGGAUGAUGGAGAAGGUAUUGAGCAGUACAUCACGAGAAUCAAGGUGCAAGCAAAUAAGUGCACCUUUCCGGCAACUGCGAAAGACAGAUUGAUUCGUGACAAAUUGAUUCACGGCUUGAAGUCUAGUGCGAUUCGGGAGGAACUGCUGCGAAAGUCUUCCUUGACUCUCGAACAAACGAUCGCGACGUGUAAAAGCAUGGAAAAAGCAGCUGAGCAUGCGAAAUCGAUGGACAAAAAUAAUCCUGGAUGUUCCAAAAACACUGAGAGUGAAGUAUACACUGUUAGAAACGGGAAUGCAAGUUCUUCGAAGAAGACUGCUCAAUAGGUUGUUUGUGACAAAUGUAAUUACAAACAUGGACUCCGAAAGUGUCCAGCUUCUGGCCAAAAGUGUAAUAAGUGUGGGAAUAAGGGUCAUUUCGCAUCAGUAUGCAAAAAUAGAAAGAAAAAAGUGAAGCAGCUCGAAAAGGAGAGCGAAAGCUCGAGUGACGAAGAUAGCGAUACUGAACAGUUUUCGCUUAAAGUGCAUUCGCUGAGUCGCGGUCGUGGCAAAGAAGAUUGCUGGGAAAGUGUUAUGGCAGUCCAAAAAGUGAAAA